UUCUAUACUUGAAGAUCUUUCAAAAUAACUAUGUAAAGAAAAAGAAAAAUUAAAAGUUGAGGAGGAGGACCUUUUUAGUGAUGCAAUGUCCUAUUAUAAAGAUCCCAAUUUUGAUGAAAGGAAACCAUUGAGAGUUAUUUACAAAGGACAACCAGCAGUUGAUACUGGAGGGGUUGCCAGGCAGUUUUUUACAAAUUUGCUCAAUAAAGUGAGUGAAAUGUUUUUUGAAGGUGAUGCCUACCAAAGUCCAGUAUAUAAUGCUGGUGUUGUUGCGUCAGGAAUUAUGAAAUAUAUCGGAAAAAUUAUUGUCCAUAGUAUUUUGCAAGGUGGACCUGGUUUUCCGAUAUUCAGUCCUUCGGUGUACAGAUAUUUUUCCACUGGUAAUUUUGAACUGGCUAUGAGAACUGCAAACAUUGGAGAAUGUACUGCACACAUAAAGAAUUUCAUUGAUCAGAUAGAUGAUGCUGAUGAUGUGCAAAACUUAGAUCAGGAUGAGUGUCUCAACAUCAUGUCUGAAUGUGGCCUUACAGAAAUGUUAACUAAUGAAAAUAAAAGGAAGAUUAUUCAACUACUAAUCAUCCAUGAUGUCAUUGGCGGAUUGAAUACACUUGGAUUUAGAGAUAAAAUGAAAGAAUUCCCAGACAAGUUUCAAGAACUAUUUGUUCCAUGCAGUGAACAAGAAAUGAGCCCAUCAGCAGUGGUUGAUGUUCUUGAGUUCCCAGAUGUGUUAAAUGAAUGCGAGUCAACAAUUGCUAAUAAUCUGCAGCAAUUUAUUCUUAAUGCAGAUCAUCCAAUUCUUGAAAAAUUUCUGAUUUUUACUACAGGUUCCACCAGACUGCCAAAUUUUGGAUUAGGUAAGAUAAAAGUAAAAUUCAAUAAUGCCACUUCGUUUUUUGCUUCUACUUGCCUAUUUAGUGUUACUCUUCCAAACCAGCUUAUUGAUCAAAAGUCAUUCAAUGCAUCAUUAAAAGCUGUUCUUGAGUCAUCUAAGCAGUCAUUUACUUCUCCGUAGGAAUGUAGAAGUAGGCAUUCAUAGACUACAUAAGAAUAUAGCAACAAAUAUAGUUUGAUGAAAUGUUACGUUUUAGUUUUAAGUAUUGUUAGUGUUUAAUUGUUAAAGUUUUGGAACAUUUUUUAAAUGUUAUCUUUUGUUAAAUUUUUCUAGUUCAGUUAAGAUAU